UACUUUACGAGAAGCGAUACAAGGAGUUAGAAGCAGGAUAUGCUUUGUGCCAAAGGCUACCAAAGGUGAAAGCAACAAUAAAAAUGUUAAUUCAAAUGGGUAAUAUUUACACAAAAAAGAUAUUUGAGGAAUUUCAAAAUGAGUACUUUCGAUCCAUUGAAUCGGACAUAGAAGCAAUUGAAUAUGGCGAGACUAGUACCAUUUACACAGUUGUUGAUGUUGGUAACAAACAUGCAAAGAAAGUAAAGAUAGAGAGGAUGGCUCAUUGGGUUGUAAUUGUACAAAGUUUGAAAAGGAAAGAAUCUUGUGUUGUCACUCAUUGAAGAUUAUUAGAGACAUAUUGAAGAUGAAAGAGAUUCCUUCACAAUACAUUCUAAAGAGGUGGACCAAACAAGCAAGAGCCGAAAUUGUGAAGGACAUUAAGGGGAAUGACAUUCGAGUGGAUGUGAAAUUCCAACAAGCCUUGCGGUAUAAGACAUUGAUGACCGCAUUUAGAGCACUAACAAGUAAAGCUGCUGAAACUGAAAAAACUUAUGAUUUUUGUAUUGCACACCUUGCUACAUUAGGUGCAAAUGUUGAAGGCAAGUUAGGUGCUCUUUUUGGUGUUGGAAAUGAAGUAAGUAAUGAUGAUGACACCCAAAGCUUUGAAGUAGAUUGUGAAGAUGUGAAUCAUGCUGUGCAACCAAAAGGAUUGAAGAAAAAACUGGCAACUAGUAAAGACAAAAGGAGGGUAAAAGGUGGAUUCGAAGCGGCGUUGGUAGCGAACUCCAAAAACAAAUCCCGCGCUAACAGCUUGGCUUUGUCACAAUCUAUUACAAGUCCAACAGUUGCACCUUUUCCAUUAUCUGUUGGAGGAGAUAUCUAUGUUCGUCAACAUGUUCCUCCUCUUCAACCUUUUCCUCCCCUUCAUCAUUUUCCUCCAUCUUUGCCCAUGGGUGGUAAUUCUAUUCCUCCGCCAUUGAUGAAUCCGAUAUAUCAUGAGUUGGAUGUAAUGCAUAAUUCUUUGCCAAAUUCAAUGCCUUAACGGUAUCCUGUUGAACCAACAUUCCAGUCACUACUGCAAGGUUCAUGUGGAUAUGACAUUGGGUUUCGAUAUUCUCAAGAAUCAAACAGUCCAAUGUGUAGUCAGGCUAUGGACAAGCAAACUGAAGCUGAAAAUGGCCUACAAAGUGAAGUCAUACCAUCUCAAAUUGUGAAGCAAACUCAUGCUGGAUUGUUACACAAAUUCUGAUGUUGCUGAGAAAUGAAGUAAUGGCCUUUAUGUGUGUUCAAAUGCCUUGCUGGCUGGAAAGUGAUGUUCAAAUUGCUGUUCAAACUCCAGUCCAAUGUGCGUUGAAAUUGUAUUAAACAUCUGUGUUCAAACUACUACUGUAUGUAUGUUGAAAUUCUGAUGUUGCUGGAAAGUGAAGUAAUGAGAAUGAUUGUGUUUUCAAAUGGCUUCUGAGGUAAUGCCUUGCUGGAAAAUUCUGUGUACCUGUAUGUAUGUUAAUGGCUUGUAAAAUCUUUUAA